AAAUUCUUUGAUGGGUACUUUUCUUUUGAUUAGAUUGGUUGUGGAUAUCCCUAAAAAUGUUUCCUUUCUCUCUCUAUCUCUCUCUCUCUCCCCCCUUGUAUUGACUUUCAUGAUGGGAUGAUCCAAUGGCUGUAAAUUCUCUGUACUUUGUUGCAUAUAACUGUUUAUCUUGGUGUUCCAUUAGCUGAUUGGUUCUUAUUUUGUGACUUUGUUCAUUGUUCAAAAUGUUCCCGUUACUCUUCAUUCGUCAACUCCCUCCGUUAUUGAUAGUUAGGGCUCUUUGUUUCAGUGUUUUAGUAGAUGCUGGUGCGGGUUUAAAGUCAUUGUACUGUAGAGCGAGAAUGUGGAUGUUUGAUGCGGUUAUUGCUUUAUUUGGUUGCAUUGUUCAUUGCAACAGCCUGCUGGAUUUGCUUAAAGACGCCCUCUUUCUUGUUGGCAAUUGACCGCAAUCCUUUGUUAUAGACACCAGCAGGAUAAUUAAAAAUGAUUGUAGGAAAAGAAUGGGUUUGUUUUUUUUUUUUUGAAAAUUUAUCUUCCUCCAUAUCGUGCGCCUUUCCCUAAUUUCUUCAAUAUUACGGUGAAUAAUUAUUCCCCUUCACUCUCGAUCGUCAGAAUUCAACUGAUCCUUCUUCAUAAGCCUCACAAUAUUGAGGUGAGAAAAAAGCCUUCAUCUCUUCUAGACGAACCGACUUUCCUUGGGGGGUUUUCUAACUCAUGGAGACCAGUGCCCCCACUUUCUUCUUCAACAUAACACCUUCAAGAAUCAUGAAAGAAGCUUUAUAUUGGCGCCAUGAGAGGGGCCCUCAAGGCUGCUGUAGAUUACUCAGUCAUGGAGUACUAUGCUUUCUUCCUCGACAAAUCGACACACGCUCUUGGCUUUCAGAAGUCUAAACGCUGAACUUCAUGGCCAACGAGUUUUACACACGGGAAACAGACUCAGAGUUCGGUGGAGUUUUGUAGGCGGAUCAAAAAUUAUUUUUCAGCCAGAUGUUGCAAGAAUCAACUGUCACAGGAAAGGCUCCAGUUUAUCUGCUUGCUGGCUUACAAGUUCUCAAAUUGCUACAAAUGCUUUCACUUGGGGGACCAUUGCUGUUCUCCCAUUCUAUGCUUUGAUGGUUGUGGCUCCUAAUGCUCAACUUACUAGAAGAACUAUGGAGAGUAGCAUACCAUAUGUUAUUCUUGGAUGUUUAUAUGCCUAUCUUCUUUGCCUCUCAUGGAGUCCUGAAACAUUACGGUUGAUGUUUGCAAGUAAAUACUGGCUACCCGAGUUACAUGGCAUAGUUAGAAUGUUCUCGAAUGAGAUGACUGUUGCAUCCGCGUGGAUUCACUUACUGGCUGUUGACCUUUUUGCUGCGAGGCAAGUAUUUCAUGACGGCAUAAAGAACAAGAUAGAGACACGUCACUCUGUUUCAUUGUGUCUCCUCUUUUGCCCGAUUGGUAUUGUGACUCAUGCCAUCACGAAGUUAUUGAUGAAGGUUAAUGGUAGAUCACAUUGAUGAGAUUGGUUCUUUUCAUUGUACAUGUUCAGUUUGUAGGUUUAGGUUCAAAAUUGAUGAGAUUUAGUUCAUUAUUGUUGGUAAUUUCUCUGAGAAAUUACAGGGAUCAAAACUGUUUGCAAUUUGAGACUGCUUUGUUUGAGAUGCUACUGAGAAACGAGUUUGUUUGGGUGUUUGAUGCUUUUGAAAGUUUGAUGUUAUAGAAUGUGGGAUGCUUGAAGCA